GAAAGGUUACGGUUGUUGAUGUGUGUGUUAGAGGGAAGCUUGUUGGCUAAAUAGCGAGUUUAUUCGACAGAGGAGCCUAAGUAUGCUUUUUCGUAAAGUCUUAAAACUAUUAUCUUUGAAAUCGCAUAAGGGCUGUAGUCUAACUGAAGAACCUUUAUAAUCCAUUCACAACUGAAGUGCGAAUGCCUCAAGACUUGCUAGUAUAUGUACCACGCCCGCGCUAUGCGGGACGGUGUGGCCUCUGUACAGUACAGUGCUGGAGGCAGUUCGUUACGGUAGUUGAUAACCUUUUCCGACCUUCCAAAAACCUCCGCCGCAAGUAUUUUAUAUCAUCAUUUUGGCCCGAUUGCACACGUGCCAACUCGAAGGAAAUGACAGUGUCUAGUUUAGUGUCGACUGGAGCUUGUACUUCCUUCAGGAGAAAGUGGAGAGUCGGCUGUGGUUAUAUAUUUGGGAGCUGCUAUAACAGGUUAUGGCACAACAAAGACUUGUACAUGGGAAUGGAUACUGCAGUAUCUUUUUUAAAGCGGACCCGUUCACUAGUUAGAGAAUUGAGCACCUCAAUCAAAGCCUUGCAGUAUGACCUGAAGAAGAUGGAUGUGGCAAAGUCUGAAAACAGGAAAUUUUUCUUUGACACCCAUGCUGUGGUCCGGCUGUUGGAAGACAACGGGUUCAGCACCCAGCAGGCCGAGGUCAUUGUCAAUGCCCUGAUGAGGAUCACCAACUCCAACAUGGAUGUCAUCUAUCAGGAUAUGGUCACCAAAGUGCAGCAGGAAAUCAUGUUGCAGAGAGUGAUGUCACAAAUUGCAGCAGUAAAAAAGGAUAUGAUAAUUCUGGAGAAGAGCGAGUUCUCUGCCUUGCUGACGGAGAAUGAGAAAGUCAAGAUUGAGCUGUUGCAACUGAAGAUGCAACUAGCUGAUGUGAUGAAUAAAGUGCGCUCUGACAACCUUUUGGACAUGAAUUUGGAGAAGAGUAGAGUAAAGGAAAUGAAAGCUGAGAACGAGAGGAGGAUUUUGGAAUCCCGGACUGAAAUGAUGGAGAUGAAUUCUGAACAGGAGCGGCAUUUGACUCAGACCAACAUGAAAAUAGACACUGAGGUGGCAGGCCUCAAAACCAUGCUGGAGUCACACAAACUUGACACCAUCAAGUACUUAGCAGGUUCGGUCUUCACCUGUCUGACAGUGGUUCUGGGAUUCUACCGAAUCUGGAUGUGAAACGGAGUGACAGAAUGGAUCAUCUCAGGGGGGCCCCCCCUAAUCUCCAUCCAUCCACUUUCAUUGGCUGUCAGCUUGUUCUGCUCUCCAGAAAAGUUUGAGUCACCAAAGGACCUCGUUGAGCGUUCUGGAUUUCAGUCACUAAAGCCCACGGUAGCGGACCACUAAACCACAGGAUUUACACAGGCCCUCAGGCAAUAACAAUAACCACAGUUGGAACUUCAGAUUACGGUCUGCAAAAAUAGUAGACUAUAAUGAAAUAGUCACUGACUCCAUGUCAAAUUCAUCACUGAAAUUAAGUGCAUGGAGGCCUGAAAUGCCCCUCCUUAAUGCCCACGCAUAGAUUAUACUUAUCAACCUGAAUCACCUAAAAUCCCGUGUUUCUCAAUUUUAAUCAAACUAGUCUGUUACUUGUUUUUUUUUAGGGAAUUUUAAUAUACUAAACGGUGUGUGUGUGUGUGUGUGUGUGUGUUUGUGCGUGUGCAUGCGUGCGUGCGUGUAUGCGUUAUCAUAUUGAUUUUUAAAGAUAAAUAUAUUAAAUGCACUUUAUAUGUCAAAUAAUUAAGUUUCUAAAUUAUGAUUUACUUGAGAUUACAGAGCAUUUAUUUUCUGGAAAUUGUGUGAUUAAUUCACAGAAUUAGAACAAAAAAAUAAGGUCAUUUGGUCCAGUCUAAAAAUUCUCCAAUAUUAAUUGGAGACUGGGUGUUGAAUGGUGUUGAAUGAUAUCCAGUUUUGUCCUGGUAAUGGGGUUCAAUGGCUAAAGAACUUUAUCUGUUAUCAGAAGAUUGCUGGUUCAGAUCUCUAAUUAAGCACUGAGGAAGAGCAGUGUAUUGAAUCAGAUUUGGCCCAGCUAAAAUAUUAAGUUAAGUGCACCAAGCUUGUAUAAAAUAAUUCCCCAUGAAGGCUAUGGGCUACGUAUUAUGUUGUUCCAAAACAAUUUGCAUUAGUAUAAAAUUGAAGUCAGGAAGGGUAGAUUUUGGUCCACCAAUGACUAUAAUUUUUCAGGAAGUUAGUCCCUUCUUUUAUGCCAGUGCCAUUUCACUUUUGAAGGACCAGAGAACUGUAGUCGUUGUUUGCCUGAGAUUUAAAUAAUACUUUUCGUUCAUUGAGUUUGAGCCUUAAGGAGAGGUUGUACAUUUACAGUUUUGCUCAGAGCAAGAGUGCAGUCUAUCUCUACUACCAAUAACCCAUAAAAGCGAAGCAUUCCAUUUUCUGAAAGGCAUACUAUUUUCAGGAUUAAUAUAUGUGAUAUAUGUGCGGUAUAUUUGCAGGAUAUUCACACACAUCAUGUGGUCCAUUUGCUUUAUGUGCUCUCUUCCUCGGCAUAUGGGGAAACGAUAAUGGCUGUGUCUGUGUUACACCAACUUCAUGUGUACUGAAAUUGUAUCAUCUGAUAUCAGAUGAGGAAUUAUAUAUAUAAGGUUGAUUACGUUUGGUGUUUCAUUAAGGAAUACAGGAAGAUAGAUAUACAUCUGUAAUGUUUUAAAAGGGUAUAUACUACCUUGUGAUCAGUCAGCUGAAGUGUGGAUAUGCAGAUUAGUCUGGUGUGAAGGCUGGUGAUGUUGAACCAGGAAACAUUGCAACCCCCAGCGCACAAAUUCCAACAAGACAUUUACUCACAUAUAGAAAAAAGAUCCAAGUCUGUAGCAUAUCCAACACCACACCAUGCUUCUUUUUUUACAAACUGUAGGGGGGCGAUGUUGUCUUUGGCAUCACACAGAUGUGACGAUAAAUGUAGAGCCCUGUCACACAAAGCCCCCACAUCGCACUCUCAUGGCACACUCUUGCUUGUGUAUGCAUACUUUUUAUAGCUCAAUGCAAUGUUCUAACCACUCAUGCCUUAAGGUAUAAAAGGACACUUUAAAAACAUUUUAAACAUCUGAUUUUUGUAAAUGCACUGUUUCUUUUAUAUCUGUUUGCUGGGAACAUUUUGAAAUUAAUUGAAUUAAAAUACAUAUGAAUCA